CAGCUCUGGGGACGCUGGGGUCCUCGGGUGCAGGCCACCAUGAGCAAGCGGAAGGCACCACAGGAGACGCUCAACGGGGGAAUCACCGACAUGCUCACGGAACUCGCAAACUUUGAGAAGAACGUGAACCAGGCUAUCCACAAGUACAACGCUUACAGAAAAGCAGCAUCGGUGAUCGCAAAGUAUCCACACAAAAUAAAGAGUGGGGCAGAAGCUAAGAAAUUGCCUGGAGUAGGGACAAAAAUUGCAGAAAAGAUUGAUGAGUUUUUAGCGACUGGAAAAUUACGUAAGCUAGAAAAGAUUCGACAAGAUGAUACAAGUUCAUCCAUCAAUUUCCUGACACGGGUUACUGGCAUUGGUCCAUCUGCUGCAAGAAAGUUUGUAGAUGAAGGGAUUAAAACACUAGAAGAUCUCAGGAAAAAUGAAGAUAAAUUAAACCAUCAUCAGCGAAUUGGGCUAAAAUAUUUUGAGGACUUUGAAAAAAGAAUUCCACGUGAAGAAAUGUUAGAAAUGCAAGAUAUUGUACUAAGUGAAGUCAAAAAAGUGGAUUCUGAAUACAUUGCUACAGUUUGUGGCAGUUUUAGAAGAGGUGCAGAGUCCAGUGGGGAUAUGGAUGUUCUUCUGACCCAUCCAAGCUUUACCUCUGAGUCUGCCAAACAGCCAAAGCUGUUACAUCGAGUUGUGGAACAGUUACAAAAGGUCAAUUUUAUUACAGAUACUUUGUCAAAGGGUGAAACAAAGUUCAUGGGUGUUUGCCAGCUUCCCAGUAAAAAUGGUGAAAAAGAAUAUCCACACAGAAGAAUUGAUAUCAGGUUGAUACCCAAAGAUCAGUAUUACUGUGGUGUACUUUAUUUCACUGGGAGUGACAUUUUCAAUAAGAAUAUGAGGGCUCAUGCCUUAGAAAAAGGAUUUACAAUCAAUGAGUACACAAUCCGUCCCUUGGGAGUUACUGGAGUUGCUGGAGAACCCUUGCCAGUGGAUAGUGAGAAAGACAUCUUUGACUACAUCCAGUGGAAAUACCGAGAGCCCAAGGACCGGAGCGAGUGAGGGCUGACCUCCCUGCCAGGCCUGCCCAGCAGGAGUCUUAACUUAUUUCCUAACCUUUGCUAUGUAAGGGUCUUUGGUGUUUUUAAGUGAUUGUUUCUUCAUCACACUUUAGCUGGCACUGUAGUCAAAUAAAGCCUCUUAUACUACUAU